UUUCGAACGUGCUAAGUUUAGAAGGAAGGAGGCGGAGGGGGCGGAGGGACGCUGGCACGAAGGAUUUUUCUCGAAUAAAACAUCAAGAUUGUGGUAUAAUCUGUGAAUCCUCAAAAUGGAUCCGUCAGCAACUUUCCACCAGCUGUUUUCAAAUUUGAUAUCAGAGUUAAAGGCUUCUGAAAAGGUUUUGGAGGUCAGCAGUAAUUUUGGCCCACAGAAGAGUCUCCGAAGUAUGUUCUCCUACCUGUGGGACCUGGAAGUGGCUCAGCAGUGCCUCAGCCCCACACUCCUUAUUGCAGGGAAGUCUGAUGCAGAGUCUGAUAGGCUUCGUGCAGAGGGUAAUAAAUGUUAUCAGAAAAAAAUGCUUGAUAAAGCUCUAAAACUUUAUAAUCUAAGCAUUAUGUCAGCUACACAUCCUGCAUUGCCUGUUGCAGAAUGCCAUGAAGGACAGUCAAAUGAUUGUUGUGUAAUUGAUAGUGAAAAGUCUGGCAAAGAAUCUAAUCAAAGUGAUCUGGAGGAAUAUAGAUCUUUAUCACUUGGAUAUGCUAAUCGCUCAGCUGUGUUACUUGAACUAGAGCAAUAUGAUAAAUGUGUAUGCGAUAUUGAUGCUGCCCUGAGAUAUGGAUAUCCAAAAUUAUUGCAUAGUAAGUUAGCAGAAAGGAAAGCGAAGUGCUUUAUUGCGCAAAAGAGAGCAUCGGAGGCUAAAGCAGUCCUGGAAAGUGCACUGAAGGACCUUGCUGAAUUAUCUCUGGAUGAAUCAAAAAGUAAAAAUUCUAGAGAAGCAUUACAGAACUUAGUAAAAGAGUGUGAGUCAAAUGAAAGUGACACACAUAGUGGAGCAGAAACUUUUCAAAAUGAUCAUCCAAUAGAUUUAUCUUCAGCAUCCAAAGAGAAGUUAUUAUUUUCCUACCAAACACCAACGGCUCCCCAGCUUGUAGAUUCCAAUUCAACUAUACCAGCGCUAAGUGCUUCAGUCAGGCUGGCUUACACACCUUCCCAAGGACGUUAUCUGGCAGCAGAGAGAGAUAUUCAUCCAGGUGAUGUUCUUGUUGCUGAGGCAGGAUACUGUAAUGUUCUACACCUGGACUCCUCACUACGAACACAUUGCUCUAAUUGCUUGUCUAGAUGCCUUACACCUGUCCCAUGUCCAUCGUGUACAAGAGUAGUUUUCUGCAGCAGCUCUUGUUGCAUCCAAGGACUCGCAUCUUUCCAUAGGCAGGAAUGUAAUAUUCUUCCAACUUUAGCUCACUUAGACAUGGGUAAGAAUUCUGUUUUGGCAUACAGAAUCUUAACACAGACCACACACAAGAAACUGAAAGCUUUGAUGCCAGAGCUUCUGGAGGAAUCAAAUCAUAAGGCCCCAGAGUCUCUGGGCUUUAAUAUUCAAGGGAUAUAUAGCUCCUCUGACUACAGGACAAUAUAUCACCUUGUCCACAAUAAGGAGAGACCGCGGCUCGUGUGCCAUAUUUCCAAGACUGGAUAUGGGCUUCUCACUCGGCUCGGCGCGCUUGGGUCGGCGAACCGCUGGGCGCGCACUGGCGAAUGGCUCUCGGAAUCCGGAGGGAAACGGCAAAGAAGCAGUGACACCGCUGCAGAGCUCUCCGACCUGCGAGUGAGCCGGGCUGGCCGCCACCGCCGCCACGGCGGCGGUGGCGGCGGAGGCGGCGGCCCGGGCGGCGCGCGGAGGCGGCGGUCCCGGCGGAGGACGCGAGCUUCAUUCCGCCGCGCUUUUGCUUCUGCCUUCCUCUGCUACACUUUGCAACGCGGAAACUGCUGCAGACAUCGCGGGUGCGUAGAGGAAGGCAGGCGAGAGCGAGAGGGCACCUCUGGCAAGAUCGCAAGGAGCGUGGAGGUGAGCCCUCGGCUGUCGCUGGGCCGGUUCUGGGACGCGCGAGAGGGUGGCCAGCGACCGCCGACUGCCCCCUCGGCCGACCGGAGGUUUCGUGUCAACAGACGAAGAUUGGAAACACAUUCGCCGGAGAUGACAGAGUGA